AUGCCUGAAGAACGUGUCGUCAUCUACUUGGUGAGACGAGAUCUACGAGUUGCUGACAAUCACAUUCUUCACCUCCUGUCCCGAUACAACAUCCACGAGGAAUGUACCUAUACACACCUCUUACCUGUAUACAUCCUGGCCCCUGACCGGGUGGAAACAUCCGGCCUCCUCAGGAAUGGAGAGAGAUCUCCGUACCGUCAAGCACGUUCAAAGAAUUCUGGAGUGUGGAAAUGCGGUCUUCAUCGUGUCAAAUUUCUCGCAGAGGCAAUUUGGGAUAUGAAGGAGCGGCUGGAAGAACUGGAUAAUGGCCUUCUCAUCAGAGUUGGGCCUUUCUACGAAACCUUGAAGAGUAUUUUCUUGCAUUACUCCGGCGACAAAGGCGGCCCUCAGAUUUCCAGCGUAUGGAUGGUCAAAGGGUAUUCCCCGGACGAGAGACGUGAACAGCAACAAGUUUAUGCCGCUUGUUAUGAAUUCGGGAUCACCUAUGUGAAAUUUCGCGAUCGUGAGCUGUUCGUCGAUACACGUGAUGCCCCGUUGCAGUCCAUUGGCGACGUGCCUGAUGUGCUCUCCGAGUUCCAGACGCUACUGGAGCCCGUGAUUGAUGACUCCCGCGAUUCGAUCGAGGCACCCCUUUCUUUACCCCCCUUCCCAGAUCAUGUACUACUCCCCCCUCAACGAGGCCCGUUCGAGAUUCCAGAUACACUAGCAGAGCUUAUCAGUCGGCUCCAAGGGCCUGUGAGGCUGGAUCUUUCCUUCUUUUACGGGUUCGAUUUCAGUGGAGUGAUAACGGAGUCCACCUGCGUGGGUGGCGAAACACACGCUGUUCGGAGGCUUAAGCAUGUUGUCAAGCAGGGCAUUGCGUCACGAUUCCAUACCUUGAACGACUUGGAGCAAAGUGAUGAAUGCCUCAAGCUCGCAGCCUAUCUGUCUCUUGGAUGUAUAACAGCCCGUCAGGUUCACGAAGAGCUCUUGAACCUGGAAAAUGGGUACCAGCAAGAAUACGCAGAAACUCAAGGUUGGGAAGGGGGCGAGAAUCCGGGGACACGGGCAGUUCGGCAGUGGCUACUCUGCAGAGAUUUCCUCCUGUUGGGCUCUAGAAAGUAUCGCAACACCGUGUUUGACCUCGAAGGCUCUGGAGAGGGGAGAGACCCAGACAUUGAGUGGAAGUCGCCCGAUCACGAGGAAGCCAGCCCUCAACAGCUGCCUUGCCCCCUCCAUGUCGAGGGAGCUCUCGUUCAGUUCAAAGUAGGAGCCACGGGAUAUGGUCUUAUUGACGCAAUCAUGCGGCAACUCCUUUGCACCGGGUACAUUGGUGGCCACGCAUACAUGCUCGUUGCCAACUUCCUUGCCAUGUUUGCAGGCAUCGACUGGAGAUUGGGUGCGGAAUGGGUAGCUUCCCUAUGUUUAGACCACAACACUGUCCUCCACUGGCACAGAUGGCAACACUAUGCCGGGAUUGGUCCUGACCCAACAGGUGGCGAGACGGUCGUCUCUCCUGUCCACGCAGCCUUCGAGUUGGACCCCAAUGGAACCUUCGUCCGGAAGUGGAUGCCAGAGUUGCGGAGUCUCACCAAGCUAUCGAACCUUUUUCAAGUAGCCACCACCUCUCCAGAGCUGCUUCUGCGACUCGGCCUGUUUGCCAAUGUCAUGGUAACCAACCCGGUGCCGUCCGACGUUCUCGACCUUGGUCCUACAAGCCAGGUUGCGUGUGGAUGGCUGCACCCUCGGAUUUUUGUUCCUAGUCCUCAGGGGUAUAUGAUUCUUGGACCGCAUCCCAGGUUUCUCCGGAUGCAGCUGGGCUUUGAUCCGAUACAUUCACAGCUCCAACAAAUCACUUACCCACCAACACCCCCAGGCUUUCCACAUCCUCCACCCGGGCAUCUUUGGUUUCCUGUCCGAGGCGCCCAACGCCCUAAUCCACAAUAUUAUCUUGCACCGCACCCACAAGUUCUUCAAACUCUUGAACAAUCACUUGCUUGGCUUUUUCGCUUCAUAAUCAUCUUGAGGAUACUUUUUGAGCAAGCAGGGACGCGUACGACGAGAGCUCAAAUGCCUCAUCAACAGGGCAGCACGCAGAUGCCUCAUCAACAGGGCAGCACGCAGAUGCCUUCUCAGCACGGCACACAGAUGCCUCAUCAACGGGGUACACAGGUGUCUGAUGCUCGAGACGCAGAGCCUCCUCUUCACGAUGCUCCCAGGGCUCCGAGGACAAUGAGUGUUCCUACUGAAGUUCCCAGAGCCUCUCAGGACACUCAAGCACUUCCAUCCCCUCGACGGACCCAAAGCCUUGCCGCGCCUCAGGGUCGUCUUGGCGUUGCUCAAGAGAUGCCCGAGGCUCCUCGAGCACCUCGUGUCGAUUCUCGGGCACCACAAGCUCCUAGAAACGCUCCAAACGCUCCUCGAGCGAAUUUCCAGCCUCUUCAGGCUCCUCGAAACGCUCCGACAGCUCCUCGCUCGCAAAUUCGGCCACCUCAAGCACCCCGAAAUGCCACCAACGUCCCCCAGGUGCAUAUUCAACGGUCCCAAGUUCGUCAAAGCACUCCCACAGCAACUGUCCAGCCCUCUCGAGUUUCUCAAGCGGCUCGUCCAUAUGGCUCUCAAGGUCCUCGAACUGGUUUCGAGCCAUCUCGAGCCCCUCUAUAUGCUCCAAGAGCACCGCGAGCAGAUUAUCAUGGAUACUACAAUGCUACCCAAAUUGCUCCUAGAGCCCCCCGUGCGGAUUAUAAUCCCUACCAGUCCUAUCAGACCUAUCACGUUCCUACAAAUAUUUACAUUCCUCAAGCGCCUCGAGCGGAUUCUUGGCCCACUCAAGCCCCUCAAAUGGCUCCCAGAGCUCCUCGAGCCAUGCGAACCCCUCCAACUACCCCUCCCCAGGCCACAGAAGCAUUCAACAAUCCUCAAGCUCCUAGGUUUCCGGAGCUGUCCUCUCUAGCCAGUGAAGUGGAUGCAGCUUCUCGCUAUGCUUUUCAACAAGCCUACACUGCAUCAACCGGUCCUUCCAUCCCAACCCUCUAUGGGUUGAACACAAUCAAUUUCAGCCACCCAGGCACUGUUCCAGCGUCGAUAGACGGGACUACAUACUAUCAAACGCUGCAAGACUAUCAUCAGUGGCGUACCUCCGACCCCUCGCUUAAUGCCUGGUACAUUGGCCCUCAGGAGCCGGAAGAAGUUCUUCGGCGUGGCAUGAUACUUCGAUUUCUCGACAGCCUGCCCCCCACCCCACCCGAUCCCGCGUAUCCCCCUGAACCUCCUCAGCUUCGCAGAACUCGUCGUCGACGUACGACGCGAAGUUCUGACGAUUAUGGCUCUUCUAGUCUGGCUGGCCCCCCUGAGGAGGCGGCGGUGGUGGCGGCUGCUGAGGGUGCGGCCCAGGGCAAUGCCGAGUCUGCUCAGGGCGGACAAGGCAAGCGGAACAGACGAGGUAGACGAGGCAGACGAGGCAAGGCGGGAGAGAAGAGUGAAGAGGGUGUUGGAAUUGAAGAAGUGGAAGGUGAGAUGGCUGAAGAGGCUGAUGACGAAUUGACCGAGGAAGUUGAUCACGAGGUGACUGAGGAAGUCCAGAAUGAAUUGACCGGAGAAGUCCAGAAUGAAUUGACCGAAGAAGUCCAGAAUGAAUCGACUGAAGGAGUUCAGGGUGAGACGGCUGAGGAGGUUCGGAAUGGAUUGACCGAAGAAGCUCGGGAUGAAUUGCCCAAGGAAGAAGCUCAAGCUGGUGCUUCUAGUUAG